AUGAUUCAAAAGGAUUACAUUAUUUUGACAGAAAAAGUCAUUGAUUACAAUUCUUUUUUACAAUCUGAACACUUUAAAUUGACUGUCAAAUAUACAAGCUUACUUCGACACUUUGAUCCUCUCAAGUUAGAUUCGAAUCAGAAGAAGACAUUUUUCAUGAAUCUCUAUAAUUUAAUGUUGAUACAUUCCUUUUGCACAAAACGAUAUUUACCCACUGAGGAAGAAUGUAUCAAGUUUUGGAAUCAACCCAAUUACUUGGUGGGACGAUACAAACUUAGUAUGAAUGAAAUUUUACAAUAUAUUUUGAGAGAAGAACCAUUACCUGAUUGGAAAUACUACUUGUAUGAAUAUCGAGUGAACUUUUUAGAGGAUCAACAUUCCAUCGACUCAAAAUCUCAACGUUUCGAUCCAAGAAUUCAUUUUGUUUUAUGCGAUGGUAAAAGAACAAGUCCUCUACCUGCAGCAGUGGAUCAAACGAAUUAUGAGAGAGUCAUCGAUCAAGCGACACGACGAUUUGUGAAUGAUGAUAUCACAAUUAGCAUCACCAAUGAGAGCAUUGAAAUGUCAGAAAUUUUCAGAACCUAUCGAUCUGAUUUUUCACCACACAAUUCAUCUCUCUUUGGAGUCUUGUAUUUCAUUUACAAAUAUUUGAGAAAGAACAAACAACAAGAAUUGUUAGAGUUAUUGAAACAAUCGAAUAUUUCAGUAGAACAAUUAGAAGAGUAUACUGUGUGCAAAAGGAAUGACGCCUCUUCGAAUCAAGAAUCUCAAUUUCCAUCUCUUUCAUUCCAAAUCAUUUACAAACCUGUGGAUUAUACAUCCAAUUGUAAACUUUUUGGAGAUUUUGCUGAUCAUGACACUUCCAAACCAAUUACUUUUGAUGAGAUUUUACGAAAUCAAUCUAAUUACAGAUCUUAUUUUAGAGCAUAUGCAGAGAUUGAAUGCAGUACUGAAAAUAUUGAAUUUUAUGAACAUGUGGAAAAGUACAAAACGAUUACAGAUGUGGAAGAGCGAUGGAAAUUUGCAAAGAAAAUAUUUGACAAAUUUCUCGUCACAGAUUCACCUUCAGAAGUCAAUGUGAACAAGAAAUUAAUUUCCACAGUGCGUCGACAAAUCUUUAGAACCAAAGAUGAGAAUGACACGUUUGUGAAAUUACCUCUUGAUUUAUUUGAUCGACUUAAUAAGGAAGUUGAAAUGGUUUUAUUUGAUACAUUUUGUCGAUUUACCAACACAGAUUCAUAUCAACAGAUUGUGGCCAAUUCGAGACGAGAACGUAAAACUCUAUUAUCCUCUGCUGUUCUCAUUAGUAGAACCAAGUUGUCAGAUGUCACUCCCUUGGAUCUUAUGAAUCUCACUUCCAACACUCCUAAUGCACAUUCUAACAAUCAAAGUCCUACAACGACUACUUCAGGAACAUCCUCUCCUAAUUCCUCCUCGUUCGACUUGUCUGGCUCCAUUUCUCCAAUCACCUUCUCCUCAGCACUUCGAAAUUCAAGUACUUUUGCAACCUCUAUGGAACGAAGAACCUCUAAAAUUAGUUUAUUAGCAGCCUUAUUUGAAGGUUCUAAUGCAAUCCAUUCGAGUGGUACUGUCAUGAAUACAAACAACACCAACAACACCAGCAAUGCCAUCACUAACAACACAACGAGCAGUAGUAUCUCUUCUUCCUAUUAUUCGAAUGGUCGAACUGUUGCUGUCUCACCUCGCUUGCAAAAUUUAGUGGAAAUGUUUGAAGAAAAUUUAGCUGCUGCCAGUGGUAGUGGCAUUGGAAGUGGUGAAGGAGGAACAAUAUCCAAACGAAAAUUGUCGACUUGCAAUAUAGACUCCUCCGUGAAGACUAGUAAUAAGCCACUCAAUGAUCAAUAUUAA